AGUAAGAGCAGAGAAAUGAUUAAGGCGGUUCCGUGACGAUUCGGACAUUCAACAAGUGAGCGUUUGAUUUAAUAAUAACCAUCUCCGAGAAGAACGCUCUGGCUAUCAUGAGUCACGGGCAAGUUUGGAUGUUGCUGCGUCCGGUGUCGAACAUAUAAAGGAGACGAACACCGUUGGGCGAUGCUUCAGUUCCAAGUCACGCGUGAACACCGAUUGACGAUCCUGCCGUUUGACACCUCAGUCGCGUUCUGCUUAGUUCCCCUUUUCAAAGAUGGAAGCAACCGCACCACACACGCUACCGUUCCCCUUUUGGGGACAGGAGGAAGAACGCGAUAACAAUAUCGAUGAUCAGGAUGACGAAGGUGCUCUAGUGGUCGAGAAGAUCGACAUAUGCAGCAAGGAGAAUGGAGUCAGCCAUAGAACGGAUAAGUAUGAUCUGAUGAACCGAACCCCGGCGAAGCUGGUCGUUCGCCGUGGACAGGAUUUCAUACUGCGGCUCGUGUGCAAUCGAUCCAUCAAACCCAAAACUGAUACCAUAUGGCUGGUACUAGCGGUUGAUCCGAUCAACAAUGAGUGGGUUAGCCACGGGCAUGGUACAGUGGUGUAUUUGCUGCUCAAAACGAACGAUAACGCAACGGAAGAGCGAGAAGAUGAAAGUGAUUGGUCCGCACGGUUGGAGACGGUUCGCCCGACCGAGGAUGGAGAUCUAAUGGAGCAUACCGUCACUAUCCGGACCUCGCCGUAUGCUUCCGUCUCGAAGUGGACGCUCUCUGUCAAUGUUAAAUCCGGCAGCGCUACAGAGUCGGCCGGCUAUAUGCUAGACCAGCCGAUCUAUCUGCUCUUCAAUCCCUGGUGCGAAGAGGAUCCCGUUUUUCUCGAGAACGAGGAGGAGCGCAGCGAGUACGUGCUGGAGGACAUGACGCUAAUCUGGAAGGGCACUGCGCGUAGCUUUUACCCGUCCCAGUGGAAAGUGGGUCAGUAUGAGGAGAAUAUUCUGGAUUGUACGCUUAAUGUGCUGGGACGCGCUGCGGGGCUCACGGCUACAUAUCGCGGUAAUGCGAUCAGGGUAUGCCGCGCUCUAUCGGGGGCAGUCAAUAGUAAUGACAACUAUGGCGUGGUGAUUGGUAACUGGAGUGGAAAGUAUAAGGAUGGUACCGCACCAAGCGCCUGGACCGGAUCGGUUAAAAUUCUGCAACAGUACUACCAAAGCGAAGAUCCGGUUCCGUAUGGACAGUGUUGGGUGUUUGCAGGCGUGCUGGCCACAAUGUGUCGCACCCUCGGUAUACCCUGCCGUAUCAUCACCAACUUCACGUCGGGUCACGACACCGAGGGUUCACUUACGCUCGAUGUGUACAUGGAUGAGGAGGCUAAUCCGCUGCCAAAGUUUUCACGCGAUAGUAUCUGGAACUAUCACGUGUGGAAUGAGGUGUGGUUGAAGCGCAACGAUCUCGGAACGUCCGAGUACGAUGGAUGGCAGGUGAUCGACGGUACACCGCAAGAAUAUUCCGAUCUCAGCUACAAGCUUGGUCCCGCUCCGGUCAAGGCUGUUCGGGAUGGUCUCGUAAACAUGCUAUACGAUUGUGCCUUCGUCUAUGCGGAAGUGAAUGCCGAUAAGGUUUUUUGGCGUUACCGCGGUCCCAGCACAUCGGUGCAGUUGAUCGAUAAGGAUACGACCGGCAUUGGCCAAUUUAUCAGCACGAAAGCAGUUGGUUCGAAUGAGCGCGAAGAUGUUACGCAGAGCUACAAGUUUGAAGAGCAAUCCGCCGAAGCAACUGUAUCCAUGCUGCGUGCUCUCAAGCUGAAUCAGUGUAGCCUCACCAAACGCUACCGGAAGAUGGUGUUCGGUGAAAAAUCGGGACAUAUAGCGCACCAGGGCAAUGAUGUUGAGUUUGAGCUGAUACUCGAAGAUCAGGCAAUGGUAGGGGAGUCAUUCCAGGUCGCUCUUCGGAUCCGUAACGUCAGUGGCGAUGAGCAAACCGCGAGAGGAAGAAUUCAUCUAAACCACGUGCUCUACACGGGCAAGAACAUUAAAACCAUCACAAGCCAUCCAUUUACAAUAACGCUCGAUCCGGAGAGUGACCAAACCAUUGAGGUACCGAUCAGCUUCGAUGAUUACUACGAACCCGGCAUGAAUGAGGCCAUCUUUAAAGUGACCAGCUUUGCGACCAUCGAUGGAGCGGAUUACGAGUUCUUCUCGCAGGAGGACUACCGGCUGCGAAGACCGCAUCUACAGCUAGAGCUGGCCUGUGAACCGAUCUACCGAUCUUCCGUCAAAAUGAUCGCCUCAUUCACCAACCCCCUACCAGUGCCCAUCACUGAAGGCAUUCUUACCGUCGAGUGUUCCGGACUGUGCAGAACAUUGACCAUUCCGGUGAACGCGAUAGAUGUGGGUGAUAAGUACGAAGUGACCUUCCUGAUUAUGCCAUCCUUCCAGGGCAGCAAUCAAGUGACGGCUAAAUUUCAGUCCAAUGAAAUCAGUGACAUCGAAGGUUCGCUAAGUUUUGAUGUGAUGCCCCCGGAGGAUCGAAAUUCAAACAGAGAAGUACUGUUUUUCACCUAAGUGACAAAUGAGUUGCCACAUAUUUUAUCAACACGCUAUUCGAAUGAAUGGAGUUGAAUACCACUAAAAUAUUCAUGUAAUAAACCAUGAAGCUGUAAAAU